CCCCUGAUUUUCCUCAUGUGAUAAAGUCCUAAGAAAAGAAGUGAUCCUUAGCUACAUCUAUAAAUGCAUAAAUAUAUGUACAGAAUACAUUGUCCAUAUUGACCCAAGUGUCCAAUGUAGAUUCCUCCCAAGGGGUGACUAAUCUAUGCCCUCCAGAUAUUGGUCCACAAGACACAUCUUCCUUCAUCAUUGGUUAAAUUGCAGUCCAACAUAAUCUCAAAGGUUGCACAGUUCGUAUCCCUAAAGCAAAAGUGGGAAAUUGAACUAAAACUCCCUGAACCCCCAAGCAAGUGCCCAUGCUAGGUGGUGGAUUCUGGCAGCUAUAUCAAAAAACAUAACUUUUGCCAGUCUCUAAUUCAGAACAUGGGCAAGAAGUGCUACUGUUUAGAAACAAGGAAACCAAAACACCAAGGGGUUAAUGACGAGGGGGAGUUCCCUGACAAAUCUUCCUUCUUCCCUUCUCCAAAAACAAUGCAGGGAGUUGAGAAGAAAUGGAACACGAAGACUGUGCCAUUCACUUUCAGUUCCCAACUGCUGAUUUUCCAAGUUUCAGUUUCCAUUUCCAAGCCCAGAGCAAAGGAGGGCUGGGGUUUGAAGAAGAGAAGUAGUGACUUAGCCAAGAUCCCCUUAAAGAAAGUCCUCCUGCAACUGGACUGCCAUUUCACUUGGGUUUUGCUGAAAGAGGACAUUGAUCCUGAUGAACUGGAGGAAAGAAUUCUUGAACAGAUUGAGUUUUUACACUCUAAAUCCAAAGCCCAAAAUUAUCACCUGCUGGCCUAUGUGAAAUAUCUGAAUGGCAAGAAGGAGGAAGCUCUGGAAAACUUACAAAAAGCUGAAGAGGCUGUCAAAAUAGAGUACCCUGGAGACACCGAAAAGCAAAGCCUUGUUACUUGGGGUAACUAUGCUUGGCUGUACUACCACAUGGACAAACAGACAGAGGCACAAGCCUACAUUGACAAGAUAAAAAAGAUUUGCAAGCAACAUGGAAGUGCUUUACCUUAUAAGAUGAAACUCCCCCAGAUCUUCUGUGAAAAAGGAUGGGCCCUUCUCAAAUUUGGGGGGAAAUACCACGAAAAAGCCAAGGAAAGCUUUGCAAAGGCCCUGGAAGAAGAACCAGACAACCCAGAAUUUAAUGCUGGCUAUGCAAUCACUGUAUACCGCCUGGAAGAUUAUUAUGGGAGAAAAUCAGCAGCGGAAGGGUCAUCUCUGGAACCCUUGAGGCGGGCAGUCCAGCUGAAUCCAGAGGAUCCCUUUGUGGUGUCCCUUCUGGCAAUAAAGCUGCAGGAAACUAAUAAAAUUCAUGAAGGGGAAAAGUACAUUGAAAUGGCCCUUGCAAAAUACCCUGGCAUUCCUUAUGUGCUGAGGUAUGCUGCCAAAUUUUAUAGGAAAAAAGGCGAUGUGCAAAUAGCCCUGAAAUAUUUGACAGAGGCAUUGAGGCUGACACCAAACUCCAGCUUCUUACAUCAUCAGAUAGGGAUUUGCUACAGAACACAAUUGUAUGCACUUAAAAAAGCAAACGGGAGAUGCCAGCCCACUGACAAGAUGGAAGAACUGAUGUCGCUCUGCAUUUUUCAUUUCAAGACAGUGGUGGAACGUAAAACCAAAUAUGUCCAUGCACAUCUGGACCUCGCAAAAAUGUAUGCAGAAAGACAGCAGCUUCAAGAAGCAGAGGAAAUGUUCCAGAGUGUGUUUGCAAUGAGCAAACUGACCUGUGAUGAAAAACAGCAGCUGCACGUCUGUUAUGGAAUUUUUCUGGAGUUUCAGAGAAAAUCAGAAUCCGAAGCCCUGAGGCAUUAUCUGGAGGGGGUGAAAAUUGACCAUGAAUCCUUUGACAGAAAUAAAUGCAAAUUCAAUUUGAAGAGAUUAAUAGAAAAGAGAAUUAAGAAAGGCCUAGCUGAUGCAAAGAGUUUUGCGAUCCUUGGGUUCGUUCACCAACUCAAUGGGGAAAAAAAGCAAGCAAUUGAAUGCUAUGAAGAAGCCCUGAAACUGGAUCCUAGAAAUGAAGAAUAUCUCAGUGCCCUUUUGGAUUUGAGGCUGUCUUUACAAAGCUAAGCUUUCCUACAUUGCUCAUACUUUCUUCCUAUUUAGUUUAAAUAAUUUCAACAUAUGUAGCAACAUUCACAACCUGUUUACUUCACCUUUACUUGAAUAUACACACUAUGAAUUUUCAUUGAAAUGAUUAUGCAGAAAGUACUUUACCAUUUUUCAACUGACAGUGUUGCUGAAUAAAUCAGGGGAGGCUUUAGAUUAUACUUAUUAAUUCAUAUUGGACUGUAGAAUCAAUGGCUGAUCUCUAUUCCUGAAGAUGGAAGGCAGGCUAAAACUCCAAAAUCUGCUCACUGCCUUUGUUAAAACUGUUGGUCCUGGCAUACAACACAAGAAUAACAUGGCGAGGAUUAGCAGCAACAGAGUUGGAACCUAAAUUGUUCAAAAAGGUAUAUCCUUUUUUAGCAUAUUACUGUUCCAGAGUCCUGCCAUCAAAUCAUUAGUAGCCCCAUUCAGUACAGCACAAGUAUCUAGUACAUUCUGGUAUUAUGUAAUAAGCAUGGACAAUGUAACAUUUAAAGUGAACUUGCUUUAUAAAGAAGCAGAAGAUGUAAAUUUGCAGCUGACUUGCACAAGACUCAAAAUCCCACAAUGAAGUCCUAGAUUUAAUCAUUUCUCACCCUGGCCAGCACCUGGGUGAGAGUCUGCCGUUUAAAAGUAGCUUGCACUUUCCAAAAAAAUAGGAUAUGGUAUGAACAGCUUUCCUUGUUAUUUAUUUUGAUUUUUCAGAUUUUUUAAAAGUAUAGUUUCCCUUCCCUUCUCCCUUCUGGUUCUCUUUACAGUCUUGUUUUCACUCCAUGCAGUAUGUGCAUCAAUUUCAUUUUUAUGGCAAAUGAGAUGGAAGAGAAGAGAAUCCAAGAUUUAAAAGGGGGAGAGCCAGGGAAAGAAGAAAGAUGAGUAAAGAAAGGUUCAGUUGAUAAGCUAUAUUCAUUAAUUGGUUUGUGAAAUGAGUUGUAUGCUUCAGCAGUUGGACUUUUACUCCAGAGGUCAAGAAAGAAACUAUGAAAUUUACUCUUUUUUGGUAGUUUAAAAUACACUGUCUUUUGCCUGUCUUAGGUGCAAUAAAGAUGCUUGUGAAUGCAUGUUGGUGUCCUUACAGGUUGCCAGAGCUAAAGCAGUUCUGACAAGGGGACCUUCUUAAUAGUACUUGGAAAUAGCAUUAAGUAGAUGUAUUAAUUUAUUCAUCUGUAUAUCUCUGUCUUUGUAAUAAGUGCUGAAAUUAUAUCACUGACCUGUCCCUAGUGCAAAAAGCAAUUAAAUGAAUUUAUUAAAAGUA